AUGGCUCCACCGGCUAAAGCUCAAACACCAAGCAAAGGUUCGAAAAAGGCCGUUACAAAAUCUUCUAAAGGUCAAAAGGGUGAUAAAAAAGUUAAACGUCGACGAAAGGAAACGUAUUCGAUUUAUAUUUACAAAGUUUUGAAACAAGUACAUCCCGAUACAGGGAUCAGUUCAAAAGCAAUGAGUAUUAUGAACUCAUUUGUCAAUGAUAUUUUUGAACGUAUUGCGGCUGAAUCAAGUCGUUUGUCACAUUAUAAUAAACGUUCCACAAUAUCGAGCCGGGAAAUUCAAACGGCCGUACGUUUAUUAUUACCGGGAGAAUUGGCCAAACAUGCUGUUUCCGAAGGUACAAAAGCAGUUACGAAAUAUACAAGUGCAAAAUAA